GGCAGCUCCAAAGGCCGCGAUUUCACAUCGGAAACAAAACAGCGGCUGCUCGGGAAGGAACCUCAGCUGCUAGAGGCCGGUGGUGGCGGCGAGGGAAGGAUCCAGGUUGCCUCUGCUCCUGCGCUCCCACUACUGUUACAUCAGAUUGCAGGGAGAGACUUCUUUUGGAUGUAUUCUGAAAAACCUUUCAGAGCCCGCUAAUACUGCCUCUCCUUCAUGUGAUAGAUGCCAGGCAGAUUUGGAAGACCUAAUCCAGGAGCCUGCAAGUGACAGCAGCCUGCGAGGUCCUUAGAAAGCUUGGCCUGGAGGAUAACACAUGAAAGAAAGAACCCCAAGAGGCUCUGUUUUCUGUGAAAAAGUAUUUCUAUACAGUUGCUCCAAUGACAGAGUUACCUGCACCCUUGUCCUACUUCCAGAAUGCACAGAUGUCGGAGGACAACCACCUGAGCAAUACUGUACGUAGCCAGAAUGACAGUAGAGAGCGGCAUGAGCACGGCAGCGAGAGGCGGAGGCGUGGCGACUCUGAGUCGUUAUCCAAUGGCCGAGCCCCCGGUAACUCGCAGCAGCAGGCGGUGGAACAAGAGGAAGAGGAAGAUGAGGAGCUGACGUUGAAAUAUGGCGCCAAACAUGUGAUCAUGCUCUUUGUGCCCGUGACUCUCUGUAUGGUGGUGGUCGUGGCCACCAUCAAAUCAGUCAGCUUUUAUACCCGGAAGGAUGGGCAGCUAAUCUAUACGCCAUUCACAGAAGACACCGAGACUGUGGGGCAGAGAGCCCUGCACUCAAUUCUGAAUGCUGCUAUCAUGAUCAGCGUCAUUGUCAUCAUGACUAUUCUCCUGGUGGUUCUAUAUAAAUACAGGUGCUAUAAGGUCAUCCAUGCCUGGCUUAUUAUUUCAUCCCUAUUGUUGCUGUUCUUUUUCUCAUUCAUUUACUUGGGGGAAGUGUUUAAAACCUAUAAUGUUGCCAUGGACUACAUUACAGUUGCACUCCUGAUCUGGAAUUUUGGUGUGGUGGGAAUGAUUGCCAUUCACUGGAAAGGUCCACUGAGACUCCAGCAGGCAUAUCUCAUUAUGAUCAGUGCCCUCAUGGCCCUGGUAUUUAUCAAGUACCUCCCAGAAUGGACCGCGUGGCUCAUCUUGGCUGUGAUUUCAGUAUAUGAUUUAGUGGCUGUUUUGUGUCCAAAAGGCCCACUUCGUAUGCUGGUUGAAACAGCUCAGGAGAGAAAUGAAACUCUCUUUCCGGCUCUUAUUUACUCUUCAACAAUGGUAUGGUUGGUGAAUAUGGCAGAAGGAGACCCAGAAGCCCAAAGGAAGGUAUCCAAAAACUCCAAUUAUAAUGCACAAAGCACAGAAAGUGAGUCACAAGACCCUGUGACAGAGAGUGAUGAUGGUGGCUUCAGCGAAGAGUGGGAAGCCCAGAGGGACAGUCGCCUGGGGCCUCAUCACUCUACGGCUGAGUCGCGAUCUGCUGUACAGGAUCUUUCCAGCAGCAUCCUGGCCAGUGAGGACCCAGAGGAAAGGGGAGUAAAACUUGGAUUAGGAGAUUUCAUUUUCUACAGUGUUCUGGUUGGUAAAGCUUCCGCAACAGCCAGUGGAGACUGGAACACAACCAUAGCCUGUUUUGUAGCCAUAUUAAUUGGUUUGUGCCUUACAUUAUUGCUCCUUGCCAUUUUCAAGAAAGCAUUGCCAGCUCUUCCAAUCUCUAUCACCUUUGGGCUUGUUUUCUACUUUGCCACAGAUUAUCUUGUGCAACCCUUUAUGGACCAAUUAGCAUUCCAUCAGUUUUAUAUCUAGCAUAUUUGCAGUUAAAAUCUCAUGGAUUUUUCUCCUUUGACUAUAAUAAAAUCUGGGGAGGACAAAGGUGAUUUUCCUGUGUCCACAUCUAACAAAGUCAAGAUUCCCAGCUGGACUUUUUGCAGCUUCCUUCCAAGUCUUCCUGACCACCUGCACUAUUGGGCGUUGGAAGGAGGUGUCUACAGAAAAUGGUUUUGAACAUGUCAUUGUGGUGGACUGAGUCCCUCAGUGCAGAAACUGCCAGAUUUGAGGGACAAGAACAAGGCAAAGUGAUGGGCCAGAAAGUUGCUGUGGUCCCACCAGCCGGUUGACCUUUGGUCACAGGUGGAUUUUACCAACGCUGCAGACUCUCAGGACUACCAUUACCAAGAGGUUAAGUGAAAUGGUUUAAACCAAACAGGACUCUUCAUCUUAAACUACAUGUUGAAAGUCAACCUAAUAAAUCUGUAUUGAAUUCUGAACCUUUUCGGGAGAUACUGUAAGGAGAGCAGGCACCAGAGCAAAAUGGAAAGAUGGAAAGGGGCUCAAACUUUCAGAUUUUUUGCUGCAGACUUACCAUUUUUAAAUAAGACUUUUUUUCACCUGAGUCAAGUCAGAGGUGUAGGUUGAUUUUGACACUUCUUGUUCUCAAGCACUGAAGCUCAUUACCAUCUAUGGCUGCCAUUUCUUCCCAAGGCCAGUCUGAACUUAUUUGAGGUUGCUUUAUCUUAAAAGUCUUAACCUCAGGUUCCAAAUGCAGUCAUUUAUUUCUGGAAAGAGUGGAACUGUAACUCAACGAUUCCCUAUUACCCUUAAGUAAAUUCUGGAUUUUCCACCAAAUUCCUAACUUUUAGGCAUACUUGUAGGUUCACUUGCCCCCAGGUCCCUCCCUCCUUCCGUCUCUCUCCCGGUACUCCCCUCACAAGCACUUCUCCUAUACAGCGAAUAAGACAGCUCUGUUGUGGAAGCAGAUGAUCCAGUUGUUCUAGGAUUUUGCUCUGUGUGUGGUGCAAAGAAUGUGUCGUGAGUCAGUGCUAUCAGCCUUGCUGUCAUACUUUCUUAAAUAGCAAAUGCAAUGUGCCCAAAGACAGUAGGAUUAAAGAAGAGUAAGAUGGCUGGUGAAGCACUUUCUGUCCUGGUUUGUCUUUUCUUUUUAACUACAACCCAUUGUCUCUUGACAGUAGGUCAGAAUUUGAACCAAUAGCCAAAAGCUGGUGGUUUAUAAAGUUUAUGAGUCAGUUGUAUCAGUACAAAGCUUGGAGAUAGCUGUUACUUCACUUGGUGAGCUGUGGGAGAACCAAGGGUCAGGGGGAGAACCAGCGGCCAAGAGGAGAGAGGAGGGGCCUCCAACAGCCAAUGGGACAAGAGCUCACGGCCUGGGAAGGAGGGGAUCCGAGUGAUUCCUCAAGAACCUCACAAUGGGUGUUUUGUGUUUUCCCUUCCGCGUUACCUUUCGUUUCAAUGUAUCUUUGUGAGAAUUGGGCUGCAGAGUUCAGGCCCUGUGUAGUUCAGCUGUGCAAUGCAUAUGAACAGAGCCCGCCGCCUGCGGGCACACGGCACCUCUGGAUGUAGCUUUGCCGGGGCACACCCCCUCUUUUACCACGGACAGCCCUCAGCCAUGGUGAUCAGACUCUAAGCAUUUGUGAGAAACUUAGUUUCUCCUUGUGGCUGAAGAGAGGCCAGCUUUCCCUCUGUUUCCUGCUGCUUGCUGUCUCUCCAGCCAUCAUUUGAUCUGGUUUGGGGUUCUCCUUGGAGUUCAGAGUAUUUGUUUUCUGCCAUGGAAUAUUUCUUAUAAGAAACUAACUUUAGGGUAAUGUGCUGGUACUAACCUGUGUGUAAAAACUGGCUCCUCUUAGGCCCUUUUUCCCAAGAUUUUCUUUUUCUCCUCAGAUAUGUGACAGUGUGGGUAUUAUCUUCCAGGAAGACAUGCAGUUCAACAGUUACAACAAAGCCACCUGAACACUAAUGUGUGAUUUGAAGAUUUGAAGCAGUCUUGAAGGGAGCCCUGACCUAGAGUAGUUUAUUUGUGUGAGGAUCCCAAACAUGCUGUGUCUUUCAUGAAGCGUUUAUCUCUGAAGAGGGUGUGUGGUGUGUGUGAUUGUGUUCAGAUCCAUCCUAUGUAUUGCUGUCCUAUGUAGAAAGAUUGCAAUAGACCUGUCACUUUCUGCAAGAUGGAACCACAUCUCAGCAUAGAGAGAAUACAUCUUAUUUCUUUAAAGCACCAGUCUCAGACGCAGACUUUUCCGUAGAACCUUCUUAGAGUCAAUUCAGUUGUUUCUGAAAUAUCAAAAUGCUAGUCUUUCACCAUGAAAAAUAGAUUGUCACCAGAGAGAACAGUAGCAAUUCCACUGAGGAUGCGCCCUCACCCAGGGGCAAGGGGUGGCUGUGGAACCAGACAGAACAAAUGAUAAAACCUGACCAGCCCAGCUGACCUGCUUAAUAAAAAAGGGAGGACAGUAGGAAGAAGGGCGACCCCUGAUGUCUGUGUCUGACUGGCCUACAGAAGAAUAGAGAGUGUUUGCAUACAGAAUGUUGCCACAAACUAGCCUAUGGAAAUGCCAACCAUAUUUGGAGGAUUUGUAGAGGAUUUUUUUUCAAAGAGGAAGGGAUCACUUCUCUGUUUUUGAUUCUCACCAGGUUAGUGUGUGGUCCUCAGAUCACAGCUCUCACUG